AUGGAUGAUCCCUAUUGCGUCUUUCCGUCUCGACGAUCGGUGGUGCAGAGCGCGAACGGGAUCGUGGCUUGUUCGCAACCGUUGGCUGCGCAGGCCGGCAUUAAGAUUCUUAGAGAUGGGGGGAAUGCUGCUGAUGCAGCCGUAGCCGUCGCAGCAGCCCUAAACGUCACAGAACCCGCGAGUUCUGGAAUUGGUGGUGACGUGUUCUGCCUCUACUACGAUGCCGCGACCAAGUCCAUCCGCGGGCUCAACGGCUCCGGCCGAGCACCGGCAGCACUUACUUUAAGCAGAGCCCGCUCCGACCUCUCCAUGCCUCCCGAACCGGCAACUAAUGCCCCGAUGGACGGCGAGGGUGGCAUCCCGAUGACUCAUGUCCACGCUGUAACUGUUCCCGGUGCGGCGGCGGCAUGGGUGGAUGUCCUCGAGACCUUCGGAUCCGGAAAAAUCGGGCUGGCAGGAGCACUCGAAGAGGGCAUUCGCCUGGCCGAAGAAGGCGCGCCGAUAUCGCUGAUGAGCAGCGUGAUGUGGGCACAGGAGGUGGAGCACUUGAAAGUCGCGUCACCGAACUAUGCCGAAGUCCUGAAGAGCGGAACCCGCGCACCCAAAGAAGGCGAAAUAGUCCGAAUGCCGCACCUCGCCGAGACCUUCCGUGAGCUCAUCCGGUACGGGAAGAAGGGCUUCUAUGAGGGGCGCGUGGCGCAGGCUAUCGUCGAUGUGAUGAAGGCCCGCGGUGGGGUCAUGGAGCUGGAGGACCUCAAGAACCAUGGCGAGACCGGGAGCGAGAUUGUGCAGCCCGUGUUCAUGGAGUAUGGCGGGUACAGGCUUUGGGAGUGUACACCGAACGGGCAGGGACUCGUGGCGCUCAUGGCGCUGGGCAUUUUGGAGAGCUUGCAGAAGGAGGGGGUCGUUCCGGACUUUGGCAAGGAGAAGGAGUGCCACUGGAAGCAUAAUUCCACCGAGUACUUACAUGUGCUUAUCGAAGUUUUGCGCAUCGCGUUCAGUGAUGGGCGGCACUGGAUUGCGGACCCGCAGGUGGAGAAGGUGCCGACGGAGGGGUUAAUUGAUAAGGCAUACCUAGCGGAACGCGCAAAACUCUUCGACCCAGACAAGCGCAAUGACAACAUCUCACAUGGAACCCCCGCAUUCCAAUCCUGUGACACAGUCUACUUUUCCGUAACGGAUAAGCACGGCAACGGCUGCAGCUUUAUAAACUCCAAUUAUGGUGGCUUCGGCUCUGGCAUAGUCCCUAAAAACUGCGGCUUCGUCCUACAAAACCGCGGCUGCGGCUUCUCCCUGCACCCAGCGCACCCGAACGUCCUGGCACCGCGCAAGCGGCCCUACCACACCAUCAUACCCUCCCUCAUCACAGACACGGCCAACAACCUAGACGCCGUCUUUGGCGUGAUGGGCGGGUUCAUGCAGCCGCAGGGUCACCUGCAGGUAUUCCUGAACUUGCUGGUCUGGGGAAUGAAUCCGCAGCAGGCGGUUGACGCGCCGAGGAUCAGCGUGGGGAAGCCGUACGAUCCGAGGGUGGAGGGGGUUAGCAUCGAGCAGGGGGCGGCGGGGGGGGAGGGAGAGGAGCGGGAUUAUGGGAUUAUGGAUGGGUUGGCGGGGAUGGGGCAUGAAGUUGCGGUUGUAAGGGGGUGGUAUAGAGCAAUUUUUGGACGGGGGCAGGUGAUCAGGUGCCGAUUGGAUAAGGAGGACGGCGAUGGCAAGACGAGGGUCUGGUCUGCAGGGAGUGAUAUGAGGGGGGAUGGACAUGCCGUUGGAUACUAGUCAUGAAGUGUCACUCGAGUACUGUUUAUUAAUAAUAAUUUGGUUAUUCCACCAUUUGGGGUGGAUAAA